AUGGAGCUAAUUCAGAAUGCCGAAGACAAUGAAUAUUUGCCUGAUGUUAAGCCGACGUUGGAGCUCGUGUUUACGACCACUGAUGUAACCGGCACCGGCGAUCCGGCGACUCUGUUGGUAUUUAACAAUGAGGUGGGUUUUUCUAAGGCAAACAUUGAUUCCCUCUGCUGCAUUGGCCAAUCUACUAAAAAGAACAAGAGACGCCAAGGCUUCAUCGGAGAGAAAGGUAAUGAAACAUUCUUGGCUUUUUCCUAUAUGGGUAGGAGAAUAUUUUAG